UGUGAGCCUCUGCACGCUUCGUCCCAAGCCCACGAUUACGAUUACAGUCAGUAGCCGGAGAAGGCGAAGAGGGGGUUCUCGGGCCCAGGAAGGGCCAAGGAGAGAGACGAGAUCGGCCUCUCUGCUCCCCGCUGCUCCCAACAAGUCCUCUAAGGCACCAGCCUCUUUCCUACACACGGUGUCUUGGGGAAAGAAAAACAAAACUUUGCCCAGAUGAAGAGAACCCACCUGUUUGUGGUGGUGGUCUACCUGCUGUCCUCCUGCAGGGCAGAGGAGGGGCUGAACUUCCCCACCUAUGACGGCAAGGACCGCGUGGUCAGUCUAACUGAGAAGAACUUCAAGCAGGUUUUGAAGAAAUACGACUUGCUCUGCCUCUACUACCAUGAGCCCGUGUCUUCAGAUAAAGUCGCACAGAAACAGUUCCAACUGAAAGAAAUCGUGCUGGAGCUUGUGGCCCAAGUCCUGGAACAUAAAGAUAUAGGCUUUGUGAUGGUGGAUGCCAAGAAAGAAGCCAAGCUUGCCAAGAAACUGGGUUUUGAUGAAGAAGGAAGUCUGUAUGUUCUUAAGGGUGAUCGCACAAUUGAGUUCGAUGGCGAGUUUGCAGCUGACGUCUUGGUGGAGUUUCUCUUGGACCUCAUUGAAGACCCCGUGGAGAUCAUCAACAGCAAACUGGAAGUCCAAGCCUUUGAGCGCAUUGAGGACCAUAUCAAACUCAUCGGCUUUUUCAAGAGUGAGGACUCAGAGUAUUACAAGGCUUUUGAAGAGGCAGCUGAACAUUUCCAGCCGUACAUCAAAUUUUUUGCUACUUUCGACAAAGGGGUUGCAAAGAAAUUGUCCUUGAAGAUGAAUGAGGUUGACUUCUAUGAGCCAUUUAUGGACGAGCCCAUUGCCAUCCCUGACAAACCCUACACAGAAGAGGAGCUUGUGGAGUUUGUGAAGGAGCACCAGAGACCCACUCUACGUCGCUUGCGCCCAGAAGAUAUGUUUGAAACAUGGGAAGAUGAUUUGAACGGGAUCCACAUUGUGGCCUUUGCGGAGAGGAGUGAUCCAGAUGGCUAUGAGUUCCUGGAGAUCCUGAAGCAGGUUGCUCGGGACAACACGGACAACCCUGACCUGAGCAUUGUAUGGAUCGACCCAGAUGACUUUCCUCUGCUUGUUGCCUAUUGGGAAAAGACUUUCAAGAUUGACCUAUUCAAGCCACAGAUUGGAGUGGUGAAUGUUACAGAUGCUGACAGUGUCUGGAUGGAGAUUCCAGAUGGUGAUGACCUGCCCACAGCUGAGGAGCUGGAAGACUGGAUUGAGGAUGUGCUUUCUGGGAAGAUAAACACUGAGGAUGAUGACAGCGAAGAUGAGGAGGAUGAAGACGAUGACGACGACAAUGAUGAUGAUGACAAUGACAAUUCUGACGAAGAGGAUAAUGAUGACAGUGAUGACGAUGAUGACUAG